AUGGCCGUGCGCCGCACCGUCGCAUUCGCGACUCAGACACUCACAAUCACAGUACCCAAGAACCGACGACCAAAAUUUGAUCUACACCUACGAAUAAUCGACCUCAACAACGUACCACUCGUUUCUGGCACCUCAUUCAUAAAAUGGCACCUCUCCCACUCGACGGCCGCCGAGCACCGCGGUCGCACAGACAGCUGCCAAGUCAAAGACCAUAAAGUCGCCUACAACUACGACAUCACCCUCCCCGUCCGUCUCACCGUCGACAAGAAUGGCAUGCUGCAGGAGUGUUAUGUCGAGUUGGAGGUUGUGCAAGAAUACGGCCGAGGCUCAGGAAGAGGCGAGCGCAUCACGUUAGGAACUGUCAAGCUCAACCUGGCCGAGUACGUGGAGCAGAGCGAGAUGGCGACCAUCGCGGGCGAGGAACCGGGCGUCACGAGGAGGUACCUUAUGCAAGACAGCAAGAUCAACAGCACGCUCAAGGUCGGAAUCUACAUGAAGCAGACGGAAGGCGACAAGAACUUUGUUGCGCCAGCCUUGAAGACGGCGCAGGUCUUCAGUGGCAUCGCUGGUAUCAUGGCGGGAGAGCAGGCCGAACUUGAGGAUCAUGGAGCUGCGCCCUCCCUGACGAGCAAAUCCCGCGAAGCCGGCGAGCUCCAAGACAUGUACAGACGCACCCUCGCCGCAUACUGGUCCGCACAACCCGGCGAGCUCAAGGCAGACGAAUGCAUCGAAGACAUAUUCGCUGGCGGAGACGGAUGGGGCGACCGCGAGAAACCAUACUCCCAGCAGCCACGAGCUCAGCCCUUGCGAUUUGCAGCAGGCGAUAGCAGCAGCUCUGUGAGUGAGAGCGAGCACGGUCACAUGCGCGGCGGCAGCAGCGCUCAUCGCAAGUCGCAUGAGACGCUGCGCCCUGGAGAUAUGAAAUCGAAUCACUCGCCGAACGUGCGGGGCCGGGGAAGUUUGGAGCAGCAGGCAUCGCAGAUGAAGGCAGAGGCGGCGCGCAAGCGACAUCGUCCACACCAUGAGGUAGAUGAGUUUGACCUGCGCGAAGAUCUCUGCAGCUGGCACGAGCAACCACCGCCUCUGAAGAUCACAAAACAAGUGACGCCGAUCAAUCGCUUGAGGAAGAGGAAAGGAGAAAAGAUCCUACGGGAAACUUCGCAAGAUCUGGGCGUCAAGCGAUUGGGCGACGAUGCCGAUAUCUUGGUCCUGAGGGAAGUCGGGGAACCAGCACAAAGAGAAGCCACCACAACCACCGAAGCCUCCGAAGAUGCCGAAGUAAUCGAAAUCUCCGAACCUCUCGAGGUCCCAGACAUUCUUGCCUCACUCGAAGAAGAAGGGAAAGCGCUCGCGCCGGAAGAAAUAUACAAGCAGAUCGAGACCUUGCGACCGAACAACGAUGGCGACCCCAAUGAGCCGCAUCACGUCAAGCAGACUACGUUUGUCAAGCUGAGAAAGAAGCUCAUGAAAGGCUUCACGCAACAGCAAUUGAUAAUCUUCUACUCGGUCGCAAAGAAUAUACGGCAAGAGAAGGUCAAUCAGGGAGUGAUCGACAGCAUCAAACGGAAGGACCAACUAGGAAACCAGAAGCAACCUGUGGAGCGAUCAGAAUGGCAGCCAGGUACUACGCCGAUAACUCAACGCCUGCCUGGCGUUGAUCGUAUUGUCAAGAUCAUGGGCUACCGCAAGAACGUCAGCAAGCAGCUGCUUGUUGAUCGCAUAAUGAGGGAUGUUUGGAAUCUCGUACUCUUGGAAGAAAUCGAAUCCCCCGGAGAGCUAGAGCUUUCUCUGCAACCGUGGCAGGUGAUGCUGCUUAAGGCUGGUGACAAAGACACCCUUUUUGACAAGAUUCGACGGACCCGACGAGUGAGGCUCGACAUGUACAAACCGGAUAACGCCCUCCGCAUCACAUCCGAUAAGACGACAGCAGAGUACGCUGCCAAUGAUAUCGAGGAAGCUUUCCAACACACUGAAUUGAAACGGAUGAACCUGAACAACUAUUUACGCCAGCUAGCAAAUGGUCCUGUUGCGUUGGAUUCAAAGUCCAAUCUGGUAACUUUGUUUUAUACACAGAAAGACUUUGAUGUCGUCUCGGCUCUGACUCGCACGAGUAUUGAGGCAGUCGGCAAGUCUAUGUUGGUAAUCAGAGGCUUCGACGUGAGCUCCAUAGAAGAGGCAAAAAGGACACUGGUCAGGUUUUUGCCUUUCAAGGAUGCAGCUGAGCGUACCUUCGACACUCAGAAACUAGGAAGUGCCGAGAGUGCAGCGUUCUUGUCGCCGGUUCUUACCGAACACGAUUCUUUCGAAUACAAGUAUCGCAAACGAGAGCUGGGACGUCUGUCAAUGCCUAUCAUGCGGCUCACUGAGCCUGACACUGUCGAAGCUCAGGCUGCGAAACCCGCAAAAGCCCCCAAAACAACACUCCACGGUCUCGUGAACCGGACUCUAGGGACCAUUCUGCGACCCGCUUCUGCUGUGCCAUUGCCUAAACACGAGUUGAGCAAUUGGAUACCGAACCCAACAUACGAGGUCUCCGCCGAAUUUGGCCAGGCUCUAUUCCCUCUCGAAGAUGUGGACCCCAGCCGAGUAGUGGAAGCUGCUCUUUCUGAUCCAUCCAAGGCACCUUUUCUGUCAACAUUCCCAGGACUGAAUAGUGUCUUCACGUCGCCCAACUAUUCUGUCGUUUCGCGCUUGCAAGCACCAUCUUUGCACUACGAAUUUAGACCUGACCUGGAGCACGAGCUAGGACAAAUAUUGCCCAAACUCAGGAUCCAAAUGCGUACUGGUCGCAGUGGUGCCAGAGCCACUUUCCGCAAACUCGCACUGAGCUUCGAUCAUCGUAUCCACGAUGUUCUGCUCCCAGACAAGGCCGUAGAUGUACGAUUUCAACGCCGAGCAAACCUCAGCUUCAACAACAGGGACUACAACGACGAGAAUGUACAGGCGUGGGUUGAUGCCGUAACAGAGAACAUUGAGAGCGGUGGCCGCCUCACUGCGCCACCUCUCCGCCUACAGAUCCCCAAGUGGACUAUACCCGGAUUCCCGAGUGAAGAAAAGGGCAUGCGUACCGUCACUUAUCACUUCUCUGGUAUCCAGUUCCGGCAACCGGUGAUUGGAAACCUAUUCGGUGUAGCUGUUUCGUACAAUACUGUACAGUCUGGCAAGCUCGGUGCCAAGGGCGCCGCGCUCACUGCGCAUUACAGUGGCCAUGGCGAUACAGAGUUGCGCGACGAAAGCGCGAUGAAAGCCUUCGUGGAGAGGUGUUUCAAGAUGGCAGACUUGAUCACUGAUGCGAGUAAGCAGACACUUCCUCCGUCUCGCGUAGUCCGCCCACGCGAUAUGAACAGUGGACGGAAGGCGAAAAGAAUGGGAUUAUCGGGCGAUCGAGCUCAGGCUGUGGAUGAGCAGAGCAUGGAGCCGCCGAACGAUCUUGUCGAACGCGUUGGGGAAUACCCGGAUGUGAAGGACGAUGUUGAGGCGAAAGAGAACGCGGUAGCUGUUGAGGAUGUGGUGGAAGAGCAGCCAGUUGAUGGAAACAUGGAGUCACGAUCUGACGACUUGGUUACCGAAAGCGAAGACAACGUUCGCACUUUGUAG